CCUUCCCUUGGAUGCUCGAGUCCAGGUACAGUAAAUGCAAACUUUCUUUAAGGUGGUUCAGCAGGCUCAGAAGACCAUGAUUUUGAUCCAUCUGUUGAUAUGCUUGUGCAUGAUUUUGAUGAUGAACGAACACUUGAGGAAGAGGAAAUGAUGGAAGGUGACAACAGUUUCAGCUCCGAAAUUGCAGAUCUUGCAAGGGAAGGUGAAAUGCCAAUCCAAGAUUUAUUAAAUUUGUAUGGUUAUGGGAAGACUGUUCCAUUUCCUGGUGAGGAAGACGAGGAUGAUGACGAGGAUGAUGAAGAUGAUGAAGCAGAGGAGGAGGAUGAUGGAGAUGAUGGAGAUAAUGAGGAAAAUAGUGGAAGUAGUGAAGUUCCGGAGACUGAGGAUCUGCCAGAUGUACAUCUACAUCAGCAAGAAAUACCAAAGAACUCAAGUGGACAAGAUGAUGAAACCCGGUCUUCUAAUGACGACCUUGCACCUUUGACUACCUCUCAAGAUGUGCAAGAGAUGAUCCGACCACGCAGAUGUAAAUACUUAGACAUAGGUAAUGAAGGGGAAGAAGAAUCUGAUGAUGAUGAAGAUUACAUACCCUCAGAAGAUUGGAAAAAGGAGAUCAUGGUAGGCUCGCAAUACCAGGCUGAUGUUCCUACAGGCAUCUAUAAUUACAAAGAGAAUGAGAAAGUAUAUGAGAAUGAAGACCAGUUGUUGUGGAAUCCUGAUUUUCUGCCUGAGAAUAAAGUGGUGGAAUUUCUUUGUGAUGCUAGUAAGCGCACGGGUGAGGAGAAAGGAUUGGAUGCAAUACCGGAAGGCUCGCACAUAAAAGACAAUGAACAGGCCUUGUAUGAGUUGGUUAAAUGCAACUUUGAUACAGAAGAAGCAUUGCGAAGAUUGAGGUUUAAUGUAAAAGCAGCCAGAGAAGAGCUCUCAAUUUGGAGUGAAGAAGAAUGUAGGAAUUUUGAACAGGGACUUAAGGCAUAUGGAAAAGAUUUUCAUCUGAUCCAGGCUAACAAGGUGAGAACACGGUCAGUAGGGGAUUGUGUAGCAUUUUAUUACAUGUGGAAGAAGUCUGAGCGUUAUGAUUUUUUUGCACAGCAGACUAGAUUUGGAAAAAAGAAAUACAAUCUUCAUCCAGGUGUUACGGAUUAUAUGGACCGUCUCCUGGAUGAAACAGAGAGCACAGCUUCAAGUUGUGCACCUUCUCCACCUCCAACCACUUCAACCAGUAGCAGUAGCCAGACAGAGAGAGAAGAUACUGGUGCAAUAGGAAAUAUGAAUGGGACAAAUGUCAAUGGUCCAGUUGAAAUAUCAGAUCAGUGGCAUGAUUAUGGUGAAAUCAAGGGAUUGAAUUGCAAUGGACCUAUCAAUUCUGCAGCAUCUGGUUAUGCCAAAUUGAACACAAAUGGCUGUGGGAAAGAUGAUUCAUGUGAUGUCAAACUAAUAAAUGUACUGAAUGAAAAUGAUGAGUCUGAAUCAAGUUGUGAAAGACCAGCUAAGAGACUAAAAAUGGAUAAUGACUCUGGAAGUGAAAUGAACAGUAUAAACAUUCCAGAAGAAAACCUCAAACCUGAAGACUCUGAGAACUUGGCUGUUCUAACUGACUCAAGGCACCAAAUAUCUAUUGAAUUAGAAGCUCAACAAAUCUAAAGUGUGUAAUAACCCAAUCUUGGUCUGAUUUUUUUUGUUAAAAAAACCUGAUUUAUAAUUGGGUUGGUUUGUAUAAAUUUGGUCAUUGACAUCAGUGAUGUCUUUUUAUAUAUCAAUAUAUUAAUAUAUUAUAUGUAAAUUCUUCUGUCUGGACACAAUAUAUUCUAUAUUUUUGCCAGAUUUUUACAUUGAGAUUUUUGAAUAAGUACUCAAGUUUUCUUGCAGUCCUUUCUGUAAAUUUUGUACAGUUGCUAAGCUUUAUUGUGGAGGGAAAGAUAAUAAAUAUACCAAGAAUCUAAUUGUCUGACUCAUUCCAUUUUGAUAAAAUUUUAAUUUAAAAAUGAUGGAAUGUUUAAAAUAUUUUAAGAGGUAGUGGUUUUACACUGUCUGGGGCUGUGAAGUAGUUUCAGGGUCACAGUUUUACAAGACUGUAAUUGAUUGAAGCUUUUUGUAUGCUAUUCUAUUAGUGCAGCAUAAAUUUCAGCUUGAAUAUAAAACUUUGUCCCUCAAUGUUGCUGACUCACAGUUCUGAUUAUAUGCUGCAUUUUCUUUAUUUCUGAUAAGUGUUAUCUACAACAUGUUGAUUAUGCAUGUUCCAAAAUGAAAUUGUGCAAAAAAG